AUGAGGUUCCCAAGUGUCCCGGGGAUAGACAAAUCGUUUUCUUAUCCGACAAAGGAUACACUCCAUCACGAUCUUGUCGUGACCAGCAGCUUAAGCGCUCAAAUCACAGGUGGGCGGAUUGCCUGUACAUGGUACAGCUUCAUGAACGAGCUUACGCAAUCACUGGAGAUCGGCUGUAAGUGA